UCACUUAUUUUUAAUGUACAAUGUCGACCACCUGUGCGUACCUGGACGGUGCCGCUCGACGACUGCUGACACCUAAAAGGACGCGCAUGCCGCGCGGCGCCAGGGUCGCAUCUGUCCGCGUGUGACGCGCUAUUGUCCGCGGGGUCACCUGGCGGUAGUUUAAAAACGUUUUACACUCACAGCUGGUGUCGUUUCUCUUGCAAAUGAGUGUUGUGUUGGUAAUGGUGCACAUACACUGUAAUGAGGAUCAUUACGGCCCCAGCGGCUGUGCACUGAAGGCCGCAUUGUUAAUGGUGUAAAUGGUCCUGGGGGAGGAGACCGGACUUUCCCAGCGGGCUUCACUCCUUAAAUCGUCUGCUCGAGCCAGUUGGUUGCACCGCCAGGUCUUGGAUUACAAUCGCUGAAGCAGCUAUACGUUUGGAGCUCCGCGAUGGCCACAGUUCCGUUUGGGAUCUUCACGCUCAUUUGCGUUAUUUCGGGAAUACACUGUGUAUCAUUCCGUGGCCGGAUCCUCGAGACUAGAACACUUCGAGAAGAGGCGCUCGCGCGCACACGGGUCCGCCGCGAUCCCGCGAGCAGCCAGGACCACUGUUCCCGGUUGACCGCCCCAUGGAUGGAGGCCCGCGCUCCCGCUGCUGACUGGGGCCACGUGUAUCGCCUCAAGAUCUGUCCCCUUUCACGAGACGCCCCUCGCCGCGUGGUCUUCCCGGAGCCGCCGUUGUUCCGUUUCGUGCGGCGCGUGUACCGCUGCUGCCAGAAGGGCUACCGGUGCGGAAGCGUGAAAGGACUCCAGGGUCGGGACAUCGGAGGCUCAAGCAUAGAGUUUCUUCUCAGUGAAGACGUGCUGUCCGCGACGGUCGCGAGGGCUGAGAUUCAUCUCCAUAUUUCUAACCCAGAAAAGCUGAAUAUCCAGCCUCUGCUCCCCUCGCUGCAGAAACGGCAGCUGCCCACGAGGUUUGGGUCCUGGACUGAGGAAGGCGUGAUGGAGUUGAGGGUGGAUGUGAUGUUCGUGUUCCAGGCUCUGCAGCGCGUCCUCGGCAGCAGGUCUGGAGGCAAUCGUCUCCUGAACCUGCGGCGGGUGGGGGGUCUGAGCAGGCCAUGGGCGCUAGAGCCCCAGGACAACAGCUCAGCCCUGCAGGACGCUGCUCCCGCUGCCUGGGGGCAGGGUAGCGUGGACGAGUGGAGAGAGCGCCCCCUACAGGCACUGGUGGAGCUGGGACUGGCCCUACACUGCAGCACAGCACGCAACACACACCCAUGUGAGAGUCAUGGGGUCCGGCUCCUACACACCCCUUUCAUCACGCUCUCAUACAGAUAGCACACACACGCACGCGCGCGCGCACACACACACACACACACACACACCCCUCCUUGGAUGGGUCUUCGAGUGAGUUGCUAAUGGGUCCUGCUGUUCCAUGACAAUAGGUGGUCUGUUCACUGUUAAUGCCCAGAGACCCAACACUACGCACUUCUGCCUGUAAAUGGAAUUUAUUUAAUUUAUUUGGGUGUUUUGUGGGAAUGUAUGUAAAUAGUGUAUGUAAAGACAGAGUUAUAUAUAAACGCCUUUUUCUGAAACUGA